UGCUAGGGUGGGAAGACCGAAGAAGAAAGAUGUAAUUUUUGUCAAAAAUUCGAAUUGUAGCCUACCAACCACAAGUUUAGUGGAAGUUGUUCUGUUUUGCAUAUCAAUCCUUUUGGAAGUUGUUCUUAUUUUCAAAUCAUAAUCUAAUAUCACGGAUUCCAUUCGCUCUCGGUCUUUUCCGAUUUCUUGGUGAUUUCAUGCGACAUUCCAUUUUUAUAUUUCAAUCCUGACUUCUGGUUACGUUCCUUGACCCAGAUUGUUCCCCCAUUUACUUGAUCUUCGGCGAUUUCUUGGUGGUUCGCACCCUUGUCGAUUGGCUUCAUAUUUUGUCUCUUGAUACGCAUUCCCAAAUAUAGGGUUUAUUCGGAAAGACUGAGAAAUCCCCUAAAGAGGCGACGCAUCCCGGUGAAUUUAGGGGAUUUCCAGCACUUUUCAGAGGUUCCGAUCGCAAUGUGUUGGUUAUCUUCGUGAUUCCUAGACGCUGUCUUUCACAUUCAUUCGAUCUCCGGUCCUGUGCGUGGCCUUGCCGUAGAUGAGAUUUUGGUUGGCAUAUUGCAUCGUGUUGAUCCGCGUCCGAAUGUUGGAUGUGCAGCUAGGCUGAAGGCUCGGUGGGUCGGAUGAAUGGGUGGUAUGCGUAAUUUAUGAUAGCUGUAUAGUACGUUUGAACCUGUUGUUAGGUAUUUUUGUAGAUGAAGAAGCUUAAAACCGAACCUCCGGGUGCGCGGAGGCUCAGGUUGUCGCAUCUUCUUCUCGUAAUUGGAGUGUUGUAUUUAGUUUUCAUAUCAUUCAAGUUUCCGCGUUUUUUGGAAAUUGCUGCAACGUUGAGCGGGGAUGAAAGUAAUGUCGGGUUGGAUGGGACAAUCGGAGGGGACAGUGAAGGUGUGGAUUUUAGCAGAGCAUCGUUGAGUUCUGUUUACAAGGAUACGUUUCAUCGGAAAUUGGAAGAUAACCAAAACAGGGAAGCACCGGUGACGCCUAAAAAGGAGCCACUGGAAGAUGUGAAUAAUGUGUCCGGACCCAUCAAGCCAAUUAAACAUAAAUACGGUCGGAUAACUGGUAAAAUUUUGAGUCAUCAAAACCAUACUAAUGACUUUUCUAUGCUCGAGAAAUUGGCAGAUGAAGCUUGGACAUUAGGCUUGAAGGCUUGGGAAGAAGUGGAUAAAUUUGGUUUAGAUGAGACUGCAGAAAGUUCUAUACUCGAGGGAAAGCCCGAGACAUGUCCUUCAUGGAUAUCUACGGAUGGGAAAAAGAUGUUGGAGGGAGAUGGAAUCAUGUUCCUUCCUUGUGGACUUGCUGCAGGUUCAUCGAUUACAAUAAUUGGAACCCCCCAUCAUGCUCACCAGGAGUAUGUACCCCAACUUCUGAAGGUGGGAGCUGAUCCUAUGGUUAUGGUUUCACAGUUCAUGGUUGAAUUGCAAGGGCUGAAAGCAGUCGAUGGUGAGGAUCCACCAAAGAUCCUUCACCUGAAUCCACGACUGAAAGGAGAUUGGAGUAAACGGCCUGUCAUUGAACAUAAUACAUGUUAUAGGAUGCAGUGGGGAACGGCUCAAAGGUGUGAUGGUGUGCCAUCAAGUAAUGAUGAUGAAAUGCUUGUUGAUGGAAAUCGUCGAUGUGAAAAAUGGGUGAGGAGUGAUAUUAUAGACUCAAAAGAAUCGAAAACAACCUCAUGGUUCAAGAGAUUCAUAGGGCGAGAGCAGAAGCCAGAAGUAACCUGGCCAUUUCCUUUUAUGGAGGGCAGAUUGUUUAUCCUGACACUACGGGCUGGUGUUGAUGGAUACCAUAUUAAUGUUGGUGGUCGGCACUUGACUUCUUUUCCCUAUCGCCUCGGGUUUACGCUUGAAGAUGCAACUGGAUUAGCAGUUAAAGGAGACGUGGACAUUCAUUCCGCAUAUGCUACAUCUCUUCCUACUACUCAUCCAAGCUUCUCUCCCCAACGAGUUCUUGAGAUGUCAGAGAAGUGGAAAUCUCAGCCUUUACCUAAGAGUUCUGUUCGUCUUUUUAUUGGUGUUCUAUCUGCCACUAAUCACUUUGCGGAGCGAAUGGCUGUUAGGAAAACUUGGAUGCAAUCUUCAGCUGUCAAGGCAUCAAAUGUAGUUGUUCGCUUCUUUGUUGCACUGAAUCCACGGAAGGAGGUCAAUGCUGUGCUGAAGAAGGAAGCUGAAUACUUUGGUGAUAUUGUGAUCCUGCCCUUCAUGGAUCGCUAUGAGCUUGUUGUUCUCAAGACUAUUGCUAUAUGCGAGUUUGGGACUGUGAAUUUGACGGCUUCAUAUGUUAUGAAAUGUGAUGAUGACACCUUUGUGAGGGUGGACACUGUUUUAAAACAGAUCAGCGGUGUUUCAUCCAAGAAGUCUCUAUACAUGGGCAAUCUCAACCUCUUGCAUCGCCCUCUCCGACAUGGAAAAUGGGCAGUCACUUAUGAGGAAUGGCCAGAAGAAGUGUAUCCUCCAUAUGCCAAUGGGCCAGGAUAUAUCAUUUCUAGUGACAUUGCUAAAUACAUUGUCUCCCAACAUGAAAACAGGAGCCUGAGGAUAUUCAAGAUGGAGGAUGUGAGCAUGGGAAUGUGGGUUGAGCAGUUCAACGGUACCGUGGCCGCGGUCCAGUACUCUCACAACUGGAAAUUCUGCCAGUAUGGGUGUAUGGAGGACUAUUUUACGGCACAUUAUCAAUCUCCAAGGCAGAUAAUCUGUCUGUGGGAUAAGCUGGGGCAGGGUCACGCUCACUGUUGCAACUUCAGGUGACGAUUUUCCACAAUUUUUCCCACUGUAUUUCUACCUGUGUUUAUUAUUAUUCAGUGUAGGUGUCAUGAAUUUAAACUAUGAUGCAUUAUAAUUGUUAAUUUUUUGUUCCACCAA